GUGAAACAUUACUCUAAAAGAGUGAAAAUCGAACAUAUCUAAGUUCGAGUGAUUUGUCACUCUAAUUAGAGUUUGAAUGGCAAAAUAUGACGAGAUAUGUUUGAAUGACAAAAUAUUUAAUUUAAAAAAGUACAAGAAGGCUUUUACAAGAUUAUAUUAAUUUUUUUACCAAAAUAUAAAAAAAUUUAAUUUUUAAAUUUGAUUUUAAAAAAACGUUAAAUGAUGCUAAAGAAGAGACAAAGUGGAAAUUAAAGUACUCAUCUUAAAGAACGAAAUUUCACUUGAAACAACUGCUGCCGAGUGCAACUUUAAAAAAAAUGCCCUCGGCAUAGUUAUUUCUCACUGUGUCCAAGUGAACGGUGUGCAACUGAACGGUGCGCAAAUGCACCGUGUCCAUUUAAACCGUGUGCAAAUGCUCCCGGCAAUAAUCUGCUCUCGUACGGAUCAUGCUCAUUUUUUUUGCUUUAAUUGCUAUCAGUACCACUUACAAUUUAGUCAAAUAUUAGCCCUUUUUAUUGAAUCGUUUUGGUGUAAAUAAUAAAAAUAAACAUUCCAAAAAUAAUUUAUAUUUUUUGAUCAGCUUAAUCGAUUCUGAUGAAAUUUUAAUAUGUUAUAGAUAUCAUUGAGACAUCUUUAUGAAAAAUUCGGGGAGGGUUUCUGAUGACAGAAACAUUGAUUUAAAAAAUGAAUAAAUGUUUUUGAUUAUUUUUAGUCCGGAUAUCCUUCUGGUACAAUUACGAAAAUUUUUUUGUAGAAUCUUGGAACAGUUUUCUACAAGACAUUUUUUUUAAAGCAAUAUAGUGGGUAUACCUAUAAAAAAUAAAAUAUUUUUUAGAUAUGAUAUUUCUUUCGGUACAAUCGCCAUAUUUUUUGUAGAAUGUUGGGACAGUAUUCUACAACACCAAAUUUUUUCGAAAUAAAAUCAGUGGAAGGUACUUAAAAAAACAAAAUAUAUUUUUUAAUUUUUUAAAAAUGUGAUGUUUUUGGUACAAUACAUAUUUUUUGUAGAAUUUUUAGACAGUAUUCUAUAACAAGUAAUUUUUAACACUAAUAUUUAAAAUAGUUUGUAAGUUUUGGCCGGUUAUUUUCAUUGUAACGCGCCAGUUACAAGUAUUUUAUCGAAUGAUAUAUUUAUUUGAUAUGAUAUUAUAUUUUAUUGCACACUGCUGAAAAUCUCGACUUCAUGUUUACAACUCUUUGGUCCGUGUCGUUUUCGCGAAGCUCUUUCUAUGGUGUUCAACUCUUUCUGUCCCAUCCAAUCUACAUUGUUUUAUCGCGCUCUCUGCUUGUCCAUACUUCCCUUUAGCACGCUCUCUAUAUUUGUAUUCUACUAUACCUUUAUCCAUAUCUAUUGUUCGCUAUACCUACAUUUAUUGCCAGACUUGUUUUGUAUACCUAUAGCGACUAUCGCGCUUUCCGCUUUGUGCGGAUCUUCAUAGCUGCGCUUCUCUCCCCGUGCGUACCUAUCCCCACCUAAGCCGCAUACCCAGUAGGCCAGUUGAGCGUUCCCACCUCUAUCCACAUGCGCGUGAGAAGGGGUUGCACUAGUUUCGGAGUUUCGGAGUCCGAGCGAGCCAGCUAAUCGUGGCUUUUUGAUAGUCGAUUAAAGGCCGUAUUAGACUAGCGAUUCGGGGCUGCGACUGCGAUUGCGAUUGGCGACUCUCCAAUCAUACUUGCGACUUGUGAUUGCGGCUAUUGAUUAAUCGCAGCCAAUCACAGGAUGCCGAUUGAUCAUGUGAUGUUGUCAUGCGUGAUCGUUGACAUUAAGGUUAGAUUCUUUUUAUACGAAGUUAAGUCUGCAACACCCAAUAACUGCGGACUCGAUUAAUUAAAGCGUAGUAUAACAAGUCCUAAAUCAGAGACCCAGUAAAUUGAGGGAAUUAGGAGAACAGUUCACCUAUUUCACCUAUAAUCAGAAAGGUUAGUUCCCCAAGAAAAAGAAAUAAAUAGAAAUCGAGUGAUAGAGUUAUAAGAUACUAAUUUCUGUUUUUAAAUUUCUAGUAUUAAUUUCUAUAUAUUUUCUUUCUUAAACAGAAUUAGAUUCGAAUAGUAUUGUAUAAAAUAUUGUAUACAAAUAUGGAUGCAACCCAGCGAUCGAGAAAAAAAAAAGAAAAAAAUAUUGUGCGCAUUCUUGGCCUUCUUAAUCAUUCAUCAUCAUUAUGAGAAUGUUCCUCAAAGGAGGAUGUGGGUAAAGCCAUGGGUAGCAAGGCGACGAGAACAAGGUUGUCAUCACAAUCUUUUCUUAGAAUUGCAAUUGGAAGACCCAAAUAAAUUUCGGAGAUGUCUUCGAAUGAGUGUUGAGAUAUUCGAAGAUCUUGUCAUAAAGAUAACACCUUUAAUUCAGAAACAGAACACGCAUCUUAGAGAAAGUAUAUCACCUGCUGAGAGACUGUCCGUAACAUUACGUCACUUAGCAACUGGUGAAACUCAAGAAUCCCUUUCAAUGAAUUUUAGACUUGGACAGAGUACUAUUUCUGGCAUAAUAAAAGAAACAUGCUAUGCUCUGAGAAGUAUUCUUCAAGAAUCUUAUCUAAAAAUUCCUGAUUCUGAAGAUGCGUGGAAAGUAGUGGCUCGUGACUAUGCAGACAGGUGGAAUUUUCCACAUUGUCUUGGAGUCCAAGACGGUAAACACUGCCGCAUUGAUCCCCCCUUACAAUCUGGGUCUUCGUAUUACAAUUAUAAAGGUGAUAAUAGCAUCAUUUUGCUAGCUCUCGUUGACGCUCAACUUAGAUUUAUUUACAUCGAUGUCGGUACUAACGGUAGAGCGUGUGAUAGAGGAGUAUGGAACAAAAGCAUCUUCAAAAAUGUCCUUGACAAAAACAAAUUAAAAAUUCCUCGGCCAUGUCCUCUACCAGGUACCGAUAAUGAUUUUCCAUAUGUUAUUGUUGCGGACGAAGGUUUUACAUUAUCGGAAAAAGUCAUGAUACCUUUCCCUAAAGAACAAUGUUCCGAAAAAAGAAAUAGAAGAAUUUACAACUACAGAUCUCCAAUGAGAUAUGAUCCGGACGAUGCCCGUGAUAUUAUAAUAGCUGUAUGCUGUUUACAUAAUAUGCUUCGCACUGAUGCAGUUGGUUGUGCCAUGUAUACACCACCAUCAUAUAUAGAUGUAGAAGAUGAACUAACAGGAACGCUUUGCCAUGGUGACUGGAGAAAUGAACAGAUUCAAGGCUUGGUGAAUUUUCGAAAUCCAGGAGGCUAUCGACAUGCUAAUAGUGCUUUAGCUUUAUGUGAAAUGUGAUGUGACUAUUUUAAUAGUGUGGGAGCAGUGUCGUGGCAAGAUAGAGCUGUAGAUAAUUAAAAUUAUUGAAUAAACUUUAAAAAACGUUAAUAAACUUUUUUGAUACAAUAUAAUAAUAUUGUGUAAACAUACAAAAUGUAGAACCGAAAAUGGCGAUUGUUUAACUUUCAUUUUAAUUCGUAUUUUUGUAUCUUUGCAUACUUUUAAAAACUAAAUAUGCAAAAAAAACUUAAACAUUUACAUCACAAUGGCACUGCCGACAAAAUAAAAUCAUGAACUGAUCAAAA